AAUCGGCUUUACGGCUUUCUGUGAACUGUGUAUCGUUCUGUUCAUCGUUCUACAUUCUACUUUGCAAAAGAAUGAAAACCGAAAACGAGUGUUGAAUAAGUUGUGUAAUUUUGUGAAAAUAUCUUCGCCAACGUGAAUUGUGAAUUUAAUUGUAAUGCAAAGUAUCUAAAGAAGUGCUAAUUUGAUUUUUCAGUGAUCAUUUCGAUUGUGUGCGGAAUAAUCUCUAAUUAUGGCUGACAGAGAUAGUGCUAGUGAGAGCGAUUCAUCCUCAAUUGAUGGUGGCCCAAUAAUGAUGCCACCAUCUCCUAUUACUAGAGAGCAGUUACAGAAAAGAAUAGACUCUUUGCAACAGCAAAAUAGAGUAUUGAAAGUAGAAUUAGACACUUAUAAGCUGAGAGUGAAAGCUCUUCAAGAAGAAAAUCGUAGUUUAAGACAGGCUUCCGUGAUCAUACAAGCUAAAGCGGAACAGGAAGAAGAAUUCAUCAGUAAUACGUUACUGAAGAAAAUUCAAGCACUCAAGAAAGAAAAAGAAACUUUGGCUCACCAUUAUGAGCAAGAAGAAGAAUGUUUAACUAAUGAUUUAUCUCGUAAAUUAAUGCAGUUACGUCAAGAGAAGUGUAAAUUAGAACAGACCCUGGAACAAGAACAGGAAUGCUUGGUUAAUAAAUUGAUGCGUAAAAUAGAAAAAUUAGAAGCUGAAACAUCUGCGAAACAAUCAAAUCUCGAACAGUUGCGUAGAGAAAAAGUAGAGCUCGAAAAUACGUUAGAACAAGAACAAGAAGCUUUAGUAAAUCGUUUGUGGAAACGUAUGGAUAAAUUAGAAGCUGAAAAACGCUCGUUACAAAUUAAAUUAGAUCAACCCGUUUCGGAUCCAGCUUCCCCGAGAGAAAUCAGUAAUGGCGAAGAUACAGCUUCUCACAUAAGUUCCCAUAUUCAAGUAUUAAGAAGUGAAGUUAUGCGUUUACGUAAUCAAUUAGAAGUCGCUCAAAAAGAAAAUUCGAAAAAAUUGGAAAAAUAUGCUAAAGAAGAAAGACAAAUCCGAGAAGAGAAUGUACGCUUACAAAAGAAAUUACAAAUAGAAGUCGAAAGACGAGCUGCAUUAUGCAGGCAUUUAUCAGAAUCCGAAAGCAGUUUAGAGAUGGAUGAUAGUCAAAUAAGUGACGUAGUCAGUGGUACUAAUUCAACUCCUCGACCAAUGUCUGGGUCCAGUCCAUCACCGCAUUACGCAGCUCCAUCACCAUCAGCUUCACGUCCCCUUAGUCCUGGAGGCAUGAGCAGUGGAUCGUUAUCCAGAGAUGGUGGUUAUUUUAGUUCGUGUUCUGGUAGUGGUGGUGGUGUUAUUGGUGGACGUUGCUGCGCUUGUGGUCAACUCACUCCAUCAGCUCAAGUAUCCGCAUUCCAUUCGACAACCAAUCCAACUCAUUCUGCAUUCGCUUCAAAUAUACAAUUCGGUAAAGCGUUACAAAAACAAGGUGAUAAAUUUAUCAAACCGUUAAGUCCGAUGCCUUCGACAGGAGGUGGCGGAUUACCACCAGUCGCCCAAGUACCAUCACCUAAUCCUCCGGUAGAACAGACAUCUCCGUCGAGUCCAGCAACGCCCCUGGAUUCAGCAAAAUGUUAAUUCGCACAUAUUUACCAUCAUCGAAUUUAAAAUUCAUAUUGCCAAAAUUCGUGAAAAGUUACCAUUCGAUGAGUGAGGUCGACAUAUGUGUUUCUUCUGUAGCUGUUUUUUCUUCGGCAUCUUCGAGUAUGUACAAAUACAGAUGCGGUCAGGUUUGGAAAAAACUCAGUUCGAAUAGUUUUAAGUUGUGCUCGUGAAAGAGUGGAUUUUUCGAGAGCAGAUGAAGGAGCGCUGUGGUUGGAAUUUCGUUUUAAUAAACGUGUGUUCAUUCUUACGUAAAAUUUU